AACCAAGUGCGAGACUGCUUUGUGUAAAAAUGGCUGACAAAUAAGUCUUUUUUUUUUGGUAAAUUAGAUAUGCCACCGAAAAAACCCGCACCAGUUAAAGCUGCUGCAGCCCGUGCGCCAGCGAAGCCUGCAGGCCGUGGGGCACCUGCUGCUCGGGGAGGUCAGGCCGGCAGGGGUGCACCAGCAGGGAGGGGAGGCCCAGCAAAGAAAGGAACAGCACCAGCACAAGGAGCAAAGAAAGGUCCAGCAGCACCGGAGAAACCUAAGGAAAAGGUGUGGACAGAAAAGGAUGAUGCAGCUAGAAAGAUACAGACAAAGUUUAGGCAGUACAGGGCUAAAAAAGUCUUGGAGAAAAAGAAGAAAGAAAAACAAGACUAUAAUGAUUUAAUGGACAAAUUGGAGAAAGAGGCUUUUGUCAAGCUUGUGCAGAUUGAACAAGAAAAAGCAGAAAAACAAAGACAGAAAGAAGAAGAUGAAAGAAGAAGAAAGAGGGAAGAAAAACAAAGAAUGAAAAGAAUGUUAGAAGCUGCUUUUGACGGAGAUGUUGAGGAAAUGACACUGGUUUUAAAAGAGGUUGUUGCAGCAGAUGAUAAAUAUGGUGUUGGUAAGGAUGAUGUUAUAGGACGAGCACUGAGGGCCAAACACAUCAUGAAUGUUGUAGAAUGUGAAGACGCCAAUGAAAAUACGCCUAUAUCAGAAGCUGCAAGUGGUGGUCACACUGAGGCAAUCAGGUUUUUACUGGAGAGAGGAGCCGACCCUAACAAGAUAGGACAAUUCAUGAGGACCCCACUAUACAGAGCUGCUUUUGCUGGACAUCUCGAGGCUUGUGAGAUGUUGCUACAGAAUGGUGCUGAUCCAAGAGUCUAUGCAUCUGAUGGACAGACACCUGAACAGAUAGCAUCUGUAGCAGCGAUUGCUGAGUUGAUGCAGAACUGGGAUAUAGCACAGACAGAAUCUCUGCUGGAGAAACUGGAGGCAGACAAAGAGAGAAGAAAGGAGAUGGACAGACAGAAACGAGAGGCAGAAACUAGCAAACUAGAAGAUGUUGUAAAGGAGGUACAAGAGGAAUAUAAUAUCAUGGAAAAAAGGUUUCAACAUGCAUACUGUGAGCUACAGAAGAGAAUAUAUGAACAUGAUGCAGGACCUUCAAUGGGAUUUGACAAGCCUGAAAUCACACUGCAGGCUAUACAAGAUCAGGAAUGUGAGGUGGAGGUGUUGAAGAUUGACCUAGAUAAAGCUAGAAACAAACUGGCCAUGGCCAAACUCAAACUCAGGGAACAACAGAAAGGGGGAGAAGAUAUGGAUGAGGAUGACCUGCCUGGCCUCAGGGUUUCAAUAAGGGAACUGGAUGAUGUCCUUAUGAGAGAUGUGGGAAAUAGAAUCAGUGACUCUGGCAAGUGGCCUUUGAUUAUAGAUCCAAAUGCUCAAGCUGCGACUUUCUUGCGAUACCGAGAUACAAACUACAUUAACACCCUCAGUCCUGCCCAGAUGGAGCCCGAGAAAAUACGCAUGUCUGUACUUGGGGCUGUCAGGUAUGGUAAACCCUUAGUAAUAGAUAUGAUGGAAGUGGAUAUGUUCCAUGCAGUGGAGAGAAGAUUUGAGGAGGUGAUGGAGGGACUUCUUAAUGCAAUCAUGGACAAGUCCAUCAUGCAGGAACAAGUGUACUUGAAGCUUCUGAAAGAGACAGAUCCACCAGAGUACCACAAGAACAAGUUCAACGAUCUGCGCACGGCCAGCUUCAAACUUUACAUUAUAACUAAAAACAAAUUUCCGGCAGAGGAACUUCUUGACAGGACAUAUCCAAUCAGAGUACAUGUUCCAAUCACUUAAUCAUAUCCCAGGUCCUCAUAGUUAACAAAUAAGUUUGCAUACCAUAGAAUCAUCUCAUUUUGCAUUUUCGUAUCCAUGGAUUUCAAGUUUUGAAGAUAAAAUGUAUGGACAUUUUAUGUGUUCAUUGGAAACUAUUUCAUGGAUUGAUUAUUCCCCCCUUCCUGGUCGAUACUUAUGGUUUUAGUUGUUUUAUUAUUGAAGGACAAGCAAUAGCAAUCCAAGGUUAUAGUAAAAGAAAACUGUAAAAAAUGAAAUUACUCUGUUGUGAGAAAGUGCAAAAAAAACAUCAGUUUUUGAUUGGAAGUAAAUGAUUUUCAGAACAUCUAAAUGAAUUAGUUGUUGGAAGCAGUUUGCAAAAAGCUUUGCCACACUUCUCUUUACAUUAAACAAUGUAUUUAUUAAUUAAGGAUAGUCAUUUACCCACAUACUGCCAAAAUUACUGUUUGAUUUUUAAACUUGUUGUAAAUAAUAUUGUGAUAUCCUUUUUUAAACCCUAUCCCUAUCCAACAAUUUAUGGUAGGUUGGGAUACCAGAAACAAACAAUUUUUUGUAUGCCUGCUCUUCUUUAUGUUUGUAUGCUCCAUUUGUUUUCAUGUGUAUCUCAGUAAUUUUGUCUUCCACAGAUCUACAUGUUACAUUAAUUUAAAUUGCUGCCAUUCUGAUCUAUAUAAAAGAGUGAAUGAUGGUCUUCGCAUGCUGUAAGUCAUUUAUUUGAACUGUCUUCAGCUUACUUUAUCUCCUAAUAAUAAAAAAUGAAGAUAAAACUAUGAAAAUUAAUUUCCAAUGUCAUGUACAGUAAUAAAAUAGUAUCUAAAUGUGAUUUUUUUACUAUUAUUAAGUUUUACGUAAAAAAUUAUCUAUGCCAGUUUAUACUGCAUAAACGGCGCUCCAUAAAUGCGAUUAGCCAAUCAUAUGUCUGUAAAAAAUCAUGUGAAAUCGCCCAGUCUCCAUGUGCUACACUACUUGUUGCAUUCCAAUAAAACGCUUAUUGAAUGGCUUGCAGGUCAGUAGUCAGAAGUUUUUUUCCUCCUGGUGCUUCGGGCGAUAGUUUUGACUAUUGUCAGAUAAGUCAUUGAGUAAGUGUAUACUGUUCUACAACUACAAGUCAGCUGCAAGGUUGGCUCAACAGGCAGACCAUGUGACUGUUAUCUAAACAUUGUGUGUUAAUUUCCCAGGCAAGAGGCAUGUUCAGACUGACAUCGUUACUGAACACAGUGUGUCUGAAGUUACUCUUUCUCCACCAUUGAUUCUCUGAUUAGUUUACGGGUUGCAUGUAACUUCCGUAGAAUAAGUCAGUACUGUUACAGAAUACAGGACACCGGUUUAUAGAUAACAUUACUGAAAUACUGAUGACAAAAUAUCCUUAAUUAAACCAGAAUUCAAACAAACAAUCCCAUUUAAGUUACAUUCCACUAGCUGCCAAAGUAGGAUGUUCAGACAGCCUUUAAGUCAUUUGAAAAGUCAUAAAUGAAUGAAUACCAUAUCAUUUGAUAUUUUAAGUGAGAGUUGUAAACUGUAUUCAUUUGUUAUACAUGAUAUUUUUCUAUUGCAUUUUGUUUAACUUUGAAAAUUCUAGUUACAGUACUAUGGACUUUCACAAUUUUUACAGCCCAGAUAGGAUACUACUAUAGUUUAAGAAUUUGCAGACAUUUAAUAUUGGUAAGUUGGUACAGAUCAGCAAAAAGCAGGCAUUUUUAAAACUAUUUUUCAUGUGUUGCGAAGUCAUUGUAUAAAAAUGCACUAAAAUCCUGUUAAUGUAAUCCACUGUGAUAAGUAUUGUUAUGCAUAUAUAACUAUUUAGUUUCAUUUUUUUUUCAUUUACAAAGACAUAAUGCAAAUUUCUGUGAUAAGGUAUUUACACACUAAGAUUUUUUGUGUUUACUUUUUUAAUGCAAAUCUUAUUAUUUUGUACUAAUAAAAUGUGAAUUUCCCUAGAA